AUGUCUCCAUCAUCUCGGUUGCAAGAUAAAGUAGCCAUUGUCACCGGGUCCUCAUCAGGCCUCGGACGAGCAAUCGCCAUUCGGUAUGCCCAAGAGGGAGCAAAGGUAGUAUGUGCCGACCUAACCACGGAUGCGCGAUCCCAAGAGGAGGCUGAUAUUACCACCCACCUUUUGAUCGCUAGGGAGGGUGGGCAGGCUGUCUUUGUGCAGGCGGAUGUGGGAGACGCGAAGCAGAUGGAGAAAAUGGUUCAGUUCGCGGUGGAGACAUAUGGACGACUGGACAUUCUGGUAAACAAUGCUGGAAUAAGUAUUGAGGUGCGGACGCCUGCUGUGCUGCAUCUGACCGACGAGGCAACCUGGGAUACUACGAUGCGAGUCAACGCCAAGUCCGUGUUCCUGGGUUGUAAGUACGCUCUGACGCAGAUGCUGGCGCAAGAGCCACAUUCGUCUGGGGACCGGGGGUGGAUUAUCAACAUCUCUUCGAUUAUGGGAAUAGUUGGUGGAAUAGAGCUUCCGUCGUAUUGCGCAUCGAAGGGUGCAGUGAGCAAUUUGACUAGGCAAAUGGCUCUUGAUUAUGCUCCUCACAACAUUCAUAUCAACGCUAUCUGUCCUGGCUAUACUCAAACGGCGAUCUUAAAGGAGGUAACGACUGACUUGUCGACCUGGGAAGACCUGAAAAGACGCCAUCCGUUGAAAGGUCCCGGAAUCCCUGAGGACAUCGCUCGCAUGGCCGUUGUUUUGGCAAGCGACGAUGUCAGCUGGAUGACUGGAGUCUGCCUUCCAGUUGACGGCGGAUAUACAGCAAGGUAA